UGAUGUCAAAGCUCUCGCCUUCAACCAAUCAAAGCGUACCAAUUAGAAGAAAGCCUCAGGCAAUUCUUCGGCCCAGACCAACGUUUGCAUUGGAAAAGACCUCAAAAGAUUACCGCAUCGUAUCGUACCGAAAACCACCACCGACCGCCCGGCGACAGGACACGCUGAAAUCCCUCCACACCCUCAAUCGGAACCUCCCCGUCCACCUAAUUAAUUCCUAAACGAAAGGUCCGCUCCGAAAAAAAACCUUUACGAUGGCGCCCUUGACGACCGCCACCCGCGCAAUCACGCGCUGCGCAGCGUCGCCCUCCAAGGCCGUGACUACCGCCGCGCGCGCCCUGAGCACGACGCCGGCCCAGAACGGCAGCUCGGGUGCCAGCUUCUCCAGCCCCUUCCGCGGCGAGCAGAAGUCGACCCAGAUCCCCGACUUUAAGAAGUACAUGGCCCCCAAGGGCUCGUCGACCAGCAACGCCGUCUUCUCGUACUUCAUGGUCGGUGCCAUGGGUGCCAUCUCGGCCGCCGGUGCCAAGUCGACCGUCCAGGAGUUCCUGGUCAACAUGUCUGCUUCCGCGGACGUUUUGGCCAUGGCCAAGGUCGAGGUUGAUCUGACCACCAUCCCCGAGGGCAAGAACGUCAUCAUCAAGUGGCGUGGAAAGCCCGUCUUCAUUCGCCACCGUACCGGCCGUGAGAUUGACGAGGCGAACAAGAUCGACGUUGCCUCAUUAAGAGAUCCCGAGGCCGACAGCGACCGUGUCAAGAAGCCCGAGUGGCUCGUUAUGUUGGGUGUCUGCACACAUCUUGGUUGUGUCCCCAUUGGCGAGGCUGGCGACUUUGGCGGUUGGUUCUGCCCCUGCCACGGAUCUCACUACGACAUUUCCGGACGUAUAAGGAAAGGACCUGCUCCCCUGAACCUCGAGAUUCCCGCGUACGACUUCCCCGAGGACGACAAGCUGGUCAUUGGUUAAACUGGUAGCAAACAACACAUGUAUCGCCACACUUGAAACUGUACGAGUAUGGAACAAGGGGAGAGAGAGAGAGAGGAAAGAAGAAAAAAUGGAGGGUGGUGUCUGGCAGUGGCGAGGGGGGCAUCACCCGACACAUAGACGUCUUUUACUUGGGCAGAGGGAGGUUUUGCUGCCAAGUUUGGGCGCGCUAUUACUUUUUAAAGCAUACAACAUUUCCUUUAUAGACGUCGUUUGCGUUUGCGCGGAGAAAGUGAAGAGGGUGUUGGUUUCCCCAGCUCACGCAUCUGCUGUUUGUACAAAGAAAGGUCCUUAUAGAGGCGUGAACGUUUGGAGACUAGGAUCAUAAAGAACAGUG